AUGUUGCGAACUACACGUAACUUCCACCACACAUCAAGACUCCUAAGAGGUCAAAACUUGACAGAAAAGAUAGUGCAAUCCUACGCAGUAAAUCUCCCAAAGGGUAAAAUUGUCCAUUCAGGAGACUAUGUAUCCAUUCAACCAGCGCAUUGUAUGUCUCACGACAAUUCAUGGCCUGUCGCAUUGAAAUUCAUGCAAAUUGGUGCUACUAGAGUUAAAAACAACAGACAAAUAGUCAACACGUUGGAUCAUGAUAUUCAAAACAUGUCUGAAAAGAAUCAAACCAAAUAUAGAAACAUUGAAAAUUUCGCAAAGAAACAUGGCGUAGAUUUUUAUCCUGCAGGAAGAGGUAUAGGUCAUCAAAUUAUGGUGGAAGAAGGUUACGCAUUCCCAUUGAACAUGACAGUCGCAUCUGAUUCUCAUUCAAAUACAUACGGUGGGCUAGGUUCUCUUGGGACACCAGUUGUAAGAACUGAUGCUGCCGCUAUAUGGGCCACUGGGCAAACUUGGUGGCAAAUUCCUCCAGUUGCUAAAGUCGAAUUGAAAGGUGAAUUACCUUCAACAAUUGCUGGGAAGGAUAUUAUUGUUGCAUUGUGUGGUGUCUUCAAUAAGGAUCAAGUCUUAAAUCAUGCUAUCGAGUUCACGGGGGAUUCAUUGGAAAAAUUGCCAAUCGAUUAUAGAUUAACUAUUGCUAAUAUGACUACUGAAUGGGGGGCCCUUUCCGGUCUUUUCCCAGUAGAUAAAACUUUAAUCAAUUGGUAUCAUGAUCGUUUAAAGAAGAUUGGUCCAAGCCAUCCAAGAAUUAAUGAAAAAACUAUUAAAGAUUUGGAAAUUAAGGCGCAAACUUUCAAAGCUGAUGAAGAUGCAAAAUACGCUAAGAAACUAGUCAUCGAUCUUUCCACUUUAACUCAUUACGCAUCUGGUCCAAAUAGUGUUAAAAUUUCUAAUACUGUUAAGGAUUUAGCAAAGCAAAAUAUUAAAAUUGAUAAAGCUUAUUUGGUUUCUUGUACCAAUGCUCGUCUUUCUGAUUUAGAUGCUGCUGCUGAUAUUAUUUGCCCAACUGGUGAUAUAAAUAGGAUUAAUAAAGUCGCUGACCAUGUCGAGUUCUAUAUUGCCGCUGCAUCUUCUGAAGUUGAAAAGGAUGCUCGUGAAUUAGGUAUCUGGGAUAAAUUAUUAAAGGCUGGUUGUAGACCAUUACCAUCGGGAUGUGGUCCAUGUAUUGGUCUCGGUGCCGGUCUAUUGGAAGCAGGUGAAGUUGGGAUUAGUGCUACAAAUAGAAAUUUCAAAGGUAGGAUGGGUUCCAAGGACGCCUUAGCUUACUUGGGUUCCCCAGCUGUCGUUACUGCAUCCGCUAUCUUAGGUAGAAUUGGUUCUCCUGCUGAAGUUCUUGGUGUUGAAGAGCCUCCAUUUAAUGGUGUUAAAGCUGAAGUGUAUGAAGAACCAAUCGAACAUGCUGCAACUGAAGGCGCAGCCUCAUUUGAGACAGCAGCUGUUGAAAUAUUGGAAGGCUUCCCACGUCAUAUUGAAGGUGAAUUAGUUUUCUGUGAUGCUGAUAAUGUUAACACAGAUGGUAUAUAUCCAGGUAAAUAUACUUAUCAAGAUGAUGUUUCCAAGGAAACGAUGGCGAAAGUCUGUAUGGAAAAUUAUGAUGCCGAAUUCCAAAAUAAAGUUAAGGCAGGUGAUAUUGUUGUUAGUGGGUUCAAUUUCGGUACUGGUUCUUCAAGGGAACAAGCUGCUACGGCAAUGUUAGCAAAGGGUAUCCCAUUAGUUAUCUCCGGUUCUUUCUCUAAUAUUUUCUCGAGAAAUUCUAUUAAUAACGCAUUAUUAACCUUGGAAAUUCCUGCAUUAAUAGAAAUAUUACGUGCUAAGUAUAAGGACGCUCCAAAAGAACUAACAAGAAGGACUGGUUUAUUCAUAAAGUGGGAUGUCUCUAAUGCUGAAGUUAUCAUUUCUGAAAAUUCAUUAGAUGGCCCUGUCAUUCUCAGACAAAAGGUUGGUGAAUUAGGUACCAACUUGCAAGAAAUCAUCGUUAAAGGCGGUCUAGAAGAAUGGGUUAAGGCUCAACUAUAG